AUGUUUGAAAAUAUUUCUCAAAUGUUAUUAACUUCACUAAUUCUAUUAUCAUACUAUACAAAAUUAAUUUAUGGCUCAUGUCAAAUUGUCAAUACCACAGCUAUAUGUGAAACAUUCUAUGAUAUAAAUAAUUUAAACAAAUCUCAAUUAAUAACAAAUUUAAAAAUUCUAAUAUGUCAUACAAUUAAUAACCAACAAAAUGAUAUCCAAAAAAUUUUAUUACCAUCAACUAUAUCUAAUUUAACACUUGAAAAUUGUAACUUAGAUAAGAUAGAAAAUAUUCCUAUAUCAUAUAAAAAUAUUAGUUAUUUAAAUUUAUCAAAAAAUAAUAUUUCAAUAAUACCAUGGCAAUAUGUCACAUCAAAUGUCAAAAAUUUUGAUCUCAAUAUAAAAGAAAAUUAUUUAAGUUGUUCCUGUGAUAAUGAAUGGAUUUUUGGUUUUAAUAAUGAUAUUAAAACAUUUUUUUCCCUUCCACAAAAUAUUUAUGUAGAUAAUGAAUUUAAAGAAAGAUGUAGAAAAAUGAAAUGUGUUAGAGAAAAAAUUGAAAGUAUUAAUUAUAGAAAUAAUGUUGCUUUUGGUGAUAAUAUUGAGCUAGUAUGUCUAGUUAAUAACUCAAAAAUUAUUAAAAAUUUUCAAAAACAAAAAAAUUCAAAUUUUUUUAGAUGGGUUACAUUACCUAAAAAUAAAAAUUAUGAUAAAUUAUCUAAUAGUAAUAAUUAUAAAGAAAUUAUUAAUACAUUGAAUGGGACAAUUAAAUUAAAAAUUAACCAUGCAUCUGAGGAUGAUCUUGGUGUUAUAGCAUGUUUAUGUUUAUGGUGUAAAUAUCCAUCAUUCUCAUUAUCUGAGAUAAGAAUUAAAAAAAAUUUAAGUAUUGAUGUUUUUAAUGAUGGAAGAAGUGAUAAAAUUAUUGUUCAAGGAUAUCCUUUAAAUAAUUUAAUUUUUAAGAUUACAAGACUUGAUGAUAAUUUAGCUGAAAAACCAAUUUUUAUUGGUGAUAAAACAGAAAGUCUUUUUAAUGAUACAUUAUUUUUAAAACAGGAAACCACUAAAGAAGAUAUUACUAAUUUUUAUAUUCGUGAUUUAAGAGUAUUCCCAAAAGAGUGUACUUUGUGUAAAGAAACAACAUGGGAUUUAAUUGAUAAAAAUUAUGAGAUAAGUCUUUGUAAUGGAGAUGGUAAUUGUGCCAGAAUUAAACGAUCUAUUGGUGCAUUAAAUCAUACAACAACAAAUAAUAAAAAUUAUGAAGUUUAUAAUAAUAAAGCUAAUUUUGUUAUACAAACCAAUAAUAAUUAUCAUAUUAAUACUUUUUUUUAUAUUAUUUCAUUAAUAAGUAUAAUUGCAAUAAUUAUUUUAACAAUUAAAUAUGGUCCAAUAUUUUCUAUACAAAAAAAAAGGUAUACUUUAUCAAAACAAUCUAGUAGAAGAACAUCAAAAACAGAAGAAACAAUAUUACAACAAACAGAAUCUAAUAUUACAAGAGGUAAUUCUGUAUCAAUUUCAAUAAACUCAUCAGAAUACAAUUUAAAACAUGUUCCAAUAAUUAAUAUUGAAAAUAUUGAAAUUGGUAAAAAAAUUGGUCAAGGAGCAUAUGGUGAGGUUUAUCAUGCCUAUUGGACAUGUUUACCAACAAUUCAUGAAGAUUCACAAUAUAAUCCACUUCUUGUGGUUCAAUAUAUGACUAAAAAAGAAAUUGCUAUAAAAACUUUAAAAAAUUUAAACUUUACAGCAGAUUGGGAUAGAGAAGCUGGUUUAUUAUCACAAUUAAAUCAUAAUAAUAUUGUUAAAUUUUUUGGAGUAUCAUAUAAUUUAAAAAAUGAAAUAUUAAUUGUUAUGGAAUAUAUGAAUUUAGGUGAUUUAAAAAAUUAUUUAAUAAAAAGAUCACCACCAUUAACAAUAAAUUAUUCACAAUUUCCACCAUCAUUACAGUUGAAUGAAUUAAUAGAAAUUUCAAAACAAAUAUGUGAAGGUGUCAAUUACCUAACUUCAAGACAAAUUAUUCAUCGAGAUAUUGCUGCUAGAAAUUGUUUAGUAUCUGGGGAUUCAGAUUUAAUGUUAUGUAAUCAUCUCCUUCGCCCAAAAACAACAAUAAAAAUUGGUGAUUUUGGUAUGUCAAGAAAGUUGUACUCUGAUAUAGAAUAUUAUAAAAUGGGUAAUGAUGAGGGAAAAUUAUUACCAUGUAGAUGGUUAGCACCAGAAUGUAUAAAAUUAGGAAAAUUUUCUCAUUAUUCUGAUAUUUGGUCAUUUGGUAUAACAAUAUGGGAAGUAUUUUCAUAUGGUGAAGUUCCAUUUAAACACUUGAAUAAUAAUGAAAUAUUUUCUGCCAUAUUAAAUGGUGCAAGACCUGAAUUACCAAAAGGAGUACCAGAGACAAUAAGUUAUAUUAUUGAAAAUUGUUUAAAAAAAGAACCAGAAGAUAGGAUAUCGGCUAUCGAAUGUCUAACUCAACUUAAUCUACUAUAG